CGCGGUGACUGUUCCGACGCCCCCGACCCCCCACCCCGAGGCGGCGGGAAGUGUCGCCGGCCUCCUCCCGGCCCAGCCUCCGGGCCUCCCGUGCAAUCACUACGCCCUGGGACCCGGAAACCGUUUUCCGGUCUUUCGCUUUCGGCUGGCGCGGAGCCUGGAGGCCGCGGUGCUGCGUAGGCUGGGCCGGGCGCAGGAACAGCCCCGUGGCGCCCUCCCUGGCCGCCGCCCAGGCGGAAAACGUCGUUCCGGGGACCUGGCGACCCCGCAGCGGGGAGCGCGCCAGGUCCGUGCGGGGAAGGGGGCGGUGUGCGGCCGGCACCGCCUCGCACCACGCCCCCGCGGGCCCGCACUUGCCCAGAGUGGACCCCGCGGCCGCCAGCCAGGGCGAUGGCGGGGCUCUGGCUGGGGCUUGUGUGGCAGAAGCUGCUGCUCUGGGGCGCGGCGAGUGCCCUGUCCCUGGCCGGCGCCAGUCUGGUCCUGAGCCUGCUGCAGAGGGUGGCGAACUACGCGCGGAAAUGGCAGCAGAUGCGGCCCAUCCCCACGGUGGCCCGCGCCUACCCACUGGUGGGCCACGCGCUGCUGAUGAAGCGGGACGGGCGAGAAUUUUUUCAGCAGAUCAUUAAGUACACAGAGGAAUACCGCCACAUGCCACUGCUGAAGCUCUGGGUCGGGCCAGUGCCCAUGGUGGCCCUUUAUAAUGCAGAAAAUGUGGAGGUAAUUUUAACUAGUUCAAAGCAAAUUGACAAAUCCUCUAUGUACAAGUUUUUGGAACCAUGGCUUGGCCUAGGACUUCUUACAAGUACUGGAAACAAAUGGCGCUCCAGGAGAAAGAUGUUAACGCCCACUUUCCAUUUUACCAUUCUGGAAGAUUUCUUAGAUAUCAUGAAUGAACAAGCAAAUAUAUUGGUUAAGAAACUGGAAAAACACGUUAACCAAGAAGCAUUUAACUGCUUUUUUUACAUCACUCUUUGUGCCUUAGAUAUCAUCUGUGAAACAGCUAUGGGGAAGAAUAUUGGUGCUCAAAGUAAUGAUGAUUCCGAGUAUGUCCGUGCAGUUUAUAGAAUGAGUGAGAUGAUAUUUCAAAGAAUAAAGAUGCCCUGGCUUUGGCUUGAUCUCUGUUACCGUAUGUUUAAAGAAGGAUGGGAACACAAAAAGAGCCUUAAGAUCCUACAUACUUUUACCAACAAUGUCAUCGCUGAACGGGCCAAUGAAAUGAACGCAGAUGAAGACUGUAGAGGUGAUGGCAGGGGCUCCGCUCUCUCCAAAAAUAAACGCAGGGCCUUUCUUGACUUGCUUUUAAGUGUGACUGAUGACGAAGGGAACAGGCUAAGUCAUGAAGAUAUUCGAGAAGAAGUUGACACCUUCAUGUUUGAGGGGCACGACACAACUGCAGCUGCAAUAAACUGGUCCUUAUACCUGUUGGGUUCUAACCCAGAAGUCCAGAAAAAAGUGGAUCAUGAAUUGGAUGACGUGUUUGGGAAGUCUGACCGUCCCUCUACCGUAGAAGACCUGAAGAAACUUCGGUAUCUGGAAUGUGUUAUUAAGGAGACCCUUCGCCUUUUUCCUUCUGUUCCUUUAUUUGCCCGUAGUGUUAGUGAAGAUUGUGAAGUGGCGGGUUACAGAGUUCUGAAAGGCACUGAAGCCGUCAUCAUUCCCUAUGCAUUGCACAGAGAUCCGAGAUACUUCCCCAACCCCGAGGAGUUCCAGCCUGAGCGAUUCUUCCCCGAGAAUGCACAAGGGCGCCAUCCAUAUGCCUACGUGCCCUUCUCUGCUGGCCCCAGGAACUGUAUAGGUCAAAAGUUUGCUGUGAUGGAAGAAAAGACCAUUCUUUCAUGCAUCCUGAGGCACUUUUGGAUAGAAUCCAACCAGAAAAGAGAAGAACUUGGUCUAGAAGGCCAGUUGAUUCUUCGUCCAAGUAAUGGCAUCUGGAUCAAGUUGAAGAGGAGAAAUGCCGAUGAACCCUAACUAUAUUAUUGGGUUGUGCCUUUAUCAUGAGAAAGGUCUUUAUUUUAAGAGAUCCUUGGUAUUUACAAUUUAUAGAUCAUGGGUUCAAUAUGCUUGAAUCCCCUAGACUUAAUUUUUCCUUGAUCCCACUGAUCUUGACAUCAAGUCUAACAAAGAAAGAGUUUUGAGUUUUGUUUUUUCUUUUCUUUUUUUUUUUUUUGAAACCGUGUCUCACUCUGUUGCCCAGGCUGGAGGAGUGCAGUGGCGCGAUCUCAGCUCACUGCAACCUCCACCUCCCAGGUUCAAGCAAUUCUUCUGCCUCCCAAGUAGCUGGGAUUACAGGUGCCUGCCACCACGCCUGGCUAAUUUUUUUGUAUUUUUAGUAGAAGCAGGGUUUCACCAUGUUGGCCAGACUGGUCUUGAACUCCUGACCUCAAGUGAUCCACCUGCCUCAGCCUCCCAAAGUGCUGGGAUUACAGUCGUGAGCCACCACGCCUGGUCAGAGUUUUUUAUUUUCAUCACCGCCAUAGAAGUUACAGUUGGCUGUGGUCCCAAAAGUAGAGUUAAUUGUUACCUUUUGGCUUGAGAACUUCAUUGAGCUCCAGAAUUAUUGUUACUCAUAUUUUAAUCAGUAAGUCAUUUAAGCUAUGACAGAGUAGGAAUUGAGAAAUUAUUUCAUGUGCUGCAGUACUGAAAUGUGGAUGCUGCCUUGUUUUAUAAGAUGAUGAUCAAGGUUUGUGUGCCCAUUACUUUUCUUCUGCUUGAAAGACGUGUCUCAAGAAAAAUAAAGUAUAUUUUAGAUGCAA